AUGGGCGACGGGCAUGUCGAGGACGAAAAGCUUGCGACAUCGAAGGGUGUCAGUUUCGGCAUCAUCAACUUCUGCAUUCUCGGAGAGAAUCAUCGGCUCCCAAGAUUAUUCCGUAUUAUCCCUGUGAUGCUACACGGGAACAACGUGUCAAUUGAAACGUUCGCUUUCCUAGAUGAAGGUUCCGACUUGACGAUGGUGGAAGAGGAUCUGGCUGCGAAGCUAGGUGUGAAAGGCACUCCGUACCCUCUAUGCCUUCGAUGGACCGGCGAUGCUUCACGAAUGGAGAAAGGAUCGCAGCAGAUAACCCUCGAUAUCACCGGGAUCGAUCAGCGUAAGCGUUACAAGCUGAUAAAUGCGAGAACCGUGGAGAACCUUAGUCUGCCUUCCCAAAGCUUCCAAAUGGAGGAAGCCGCUAAACGACAUCCACAUUUGAAGGGUAUUCCGAUAAGUAGUUAUCAGAAUGCUAAACCUAGGAUACUAAUCGGCAUCGAUAACCUGCGGCUGGCAGUUCCACUGAAAACACGAGAAGGUGUAGGGUCAGUCCCGGUGGCGGUUAAGACAAGGCUAGGUUGGUGCGUUUACGGUCCUCGCGGAAACAAUGAACGAGAAUCGUACAGCUUCCACGUUCGCGAAUGCGAUUGUAACGAAAACCUUCACGGAAUUGUAAAGGAGUUUUUCGAUAUUGAAUGUACUGGAGUUGUUCCGACUAUUAAUUCACUGACAAAGGAGGAAGAGCGAGCACUGACUAUCCUGGAGACCACAACUAGAAGAGUUGGACAGCACUUUGAGACUGGGUUACUGUGGAAAGAAGAUCAGGUUGAAUUUCCCAACAGCUACUUGAUGGCACUACGUCGUCUGGAAUGCUUGGAGCGUCGGAUGGAACGCGAAACAAAACUGAAAGAGAGCCUACACCGACAAAUACGCGAGUACGAAGAAAAGGGCUACGCACACAAAGUAACACAAACAGAGCUCGAAGCAGCUGAUCCGAGAAAGAUGUGGUAUCUACCGAUAGGAGCGGUAGUGAACCCCAAGAAACCGGAGAAGGUGCGUAUUAUCUGGGAUGCGGCUGCGAAAGUAGAUGACGUCUCGCUGAAUAGCAAACUUCUUAAAGGCCCGGAUCUACUUUCCUCACUCCCAGGAGUCCUAUUCCGGUUCAGGCUGUACUGGAUAGCAGUGACAUCGGACAUACAGGAGAUGUUUCAUCAGCUCCGAAUUCGCGAGGAGGACAAGGUGUCUCAACUGUUUUUAUGGCGCACCAAUCCAUCUGAUAAGCCUACUGUUUACGUAAUGGAUGUUGCUACGUUUGGAAGCACGUGCUCGCCAGCGUCGGCGCAAUUUGCGAAAAAUCGAAAUGCCGAACAACAUUCUGAACUCUUCCCGGAAGCGGCAAAGGCCAUAGUUCACGAUCAUUAUGUCGAUGAUUACCUUGCAAGUUUUAGUUCUCCGGAGGAAGCAGCGAAGGUAGCAAGUGGUGUGCGACACGUUCAUAGUAACGGAGGCUUUAAGCUUCACAACUGGAGAUCAAAUUGCGACGCUGUACUCAACAAUCUAGGAGAAGCACCGCAUGGUGCAGAGAAACAGCUGAUCAUGGCCGAAACCGCGAAGACGGAAAGGAUACUUGGUAUGUUGUGGAACCCAACCACCGAUGAAUUGAGUUUCUCCACUCACAUGAGCAACGAAGUGCAAACACUUAUUCGCACAGCAACGCGGCCGACAAAGAGGCAGGUUCUGCGAUGCGUAAUGGCCCUAUUCGACCCUUUAGGGAUCUUGUCGCCGUUCAUCAUUCACGGUAAAGUGUUGAUACAAGACCUGUGGCGUGAAGGCACGGAGUGGGACGAGCAAGUCAGUGACCAGGUAUACCUAAAGUGGAAAAGGUGGAUACAGAUGAUCGAAUAUAUCGCUGACAUUCGGAUCCCGAGAUGCUAUUUCCGUCGUGCUAAUGCCAGUGAAGGGGCCUAUGCUUGCGCUGUCUAUUUGCGCACCGUCGACGAGGACGGACACCCACAGUGCUGUCUGAUAGGGGCCAAAUCCAAAGUCGCCCCUUUGAAGCCCUGGUCCAUACCAAGGUUAGAGCUGCAAGCAUGCGUGCUAAGCACAAGGUGGUCCAAAUUUAUCAAAGAAAAUCUUGAAGUACCAGUGAAAUACUUCAACGACGACAGCAAAUGGUUUCGAGGGCCCAACUUUCUGUAUAUGUCCAACGAAGAGUGGCCGUAUGUUGAAACGCCAGGUAUUGCAACUGUAGAAGAAAUUCGUACAUCGAUUCUGCAUCACACUACGAUCCAGCCAGCUGUGUGUUUCGAACGAUUUUCCUCUUGGGAAAGAUUGGUGCGUGUUACGGCGUACGUUCUUCGAUUCCUGCGCAACACAUCCAGAAGACAGGCAAAGAUCAAAGGACCUCUACAACAUGUGGAACUACGGGCGGCUGAAGAAAACAUCAUCAAGUUAGUGCAGAAAUCAUACCCUGAAGAAGUUGCCGCUUUGGUAUAUAAGUCAUCGAAUGAAACGGCACAGCAGGUUAUUGAGAAAAAUAGUCGUAUCUACAAACUGGUACCAGUGCUGGACGAAAAUGGAUUACUGCGAGAGCGUGGACGUAUUGGGGCUGUUCAGAAUAUUUCCUACGACGUCCAACAUCUUUAA